AUGAGCAACGCUUUCGUAACCGGGCUGGAAUCAUGCAAGCUUAGGCAAAGUGUUCGCUUCGAAAUUGAAAACGGUGCGAACGCGGAACCGCACGCUUCGCUGGACAGGUGGCGGCGUUCACCAGCUCUGGUGCGGAGGCGUACUCGUUCUCUGCGGUUGCCGCUUUGGCAACUGCGUAGGCAAUCCGGCUGCAUUCGAAUUCGACUUCUGUGUGCAAACUCAGAACCCAGUUCGACUGGGCGACCACGAGUGACACCGUACCCAUCACAGCGGGCUAUUUUCUCGAACGAUAAGAAAGCGUUCACGCCGGCGGAGCUCAACGACUUAUUCGUACGAUGCAACGAGCCGCCACGCGAUGAACGUAAAAUUUUACGUUGCUUGAAAUACUCUUUCUCGGUAGUUUCCGCUCGUCUGCUUGGGAAAGAUCAGCGCCUUGUUGCAUUUGUGCGCAGUAUUUCCGAUGGUGUUAUGAACGCGACUCUUUGGGACGUGCUGGUGGACCCGAAUCUGCCCAACCCGGCCGUCAUGCGUCGGAAUAUCAUUCGAAGGAUGCUGGACGACCUCAGUAGGGAUAUUCCAUUAUGCUCAGUGGCCAUGAUUGCUCCGGAAGAUCUCGUAAUAUUCUACGAAAAAGAGUGCGGUUUCGUGGCCGAGCCAAACGGUAUCCGUGCGAUGCGGCUGGUUCGUUGGCCGGAAAAUCUCGAUGAACUUGACCCUAUAGAGACCGAAGACGGUGGCCAGAUAUAG